AUGCUCUCCCACUAUUACCAAGAAAUCAAGUCAAGCAGCUCAGACCUCCCAAACGAAGCAAUCCAACUCAUCUCCCGCACAAUCAACUUCGCGCGCUCUCGACUGGAAGGGAACGACAACAAACAAUCCAUCCAAUCCCACCUCGUGGCCCUCUCAAACCUCAGCAAAAUAAUAGCCACUGGUCACCCCAUCGCCCUAUUCGGAAUUGCAACAUUCGCUAUCUUCGAAGUCUGCUGUGGCUCCUUUGGGAAAUGGACCCGCCAUCUGCAAGGCGCACGGUCACUUCUCGAUAUGCACUGUCGGAAUAAAUCCGAGCUCGACAAUCUCACACAGCGCAUACCUGGUCUUGGCGAUGUUUUGGCUUAUCUGGUAUGGUUCGAUGUCACUGGUGCUCUUGUGAGAGAUAGUGGCUUGAUGUUUGACGAUUGGCAUCGUGAGAUUCUUACUCCGGUGUUCUUUGAGUCGGUCGGGUGUCCAGAUGAUACCUUCAGGCUGUUUGUGAGGCUUGCAAAAGGGGAAUUCGGUAAUGGCCUAGAUCUGUGCUCCCUGGCUAUGGAUCAAAUCCUGGCCCUUGACUCGGACUCGAGUGAUCGCGGUCUGGCUGUGACUGUCUACCGUGGCGCGGGGUCGAUAGUCGCAUAUAGCCAGGCGGGGGAGAAGCAUGAUAACAGGUCGACAAUAUAUUCUAACACAAUCUCAUCCAUGGUAGAUCGGGUCUGUGGUACUAUUUCACGUUUGCCGACCACAUCGAGGUACUACGUCCAUCUAGCAACGCCGGCAUUUCUAACAGGAAUGAACGCAUGCACACCAGCACAGUGCGAGAUUAUACGAGGAUACUGGCGAAACUGCCAGUCCUGUGAGUUUCCGAGAUACCCGGAUGGAGAGGAGCAGUGCGAGCGGAGGUGGAAAGAGCUCCAUUUGCAAGGUUAG